AUGAUGAGGGGUAUUAAUAAAAUUAUAUUGCUGCUGGCAGCGGCUUCGUCCGCCCUUGCUGACUAUUGCCCAGCGCAAAUCAGCUCGAAAAUCCAGGAAUGCGUGCAGCCGGUCGCUGAAUAUGCCAAAGUUUUGAAUGAAAAUCAGGAUUCAAAUCGGCCCGGGUCGGACUUUCCGGCGAUGACGCAAUUUUCACUGCCAAAUAUGGGUGGAAGGGUUUUUAACGAUUUAUGCAAAUUGGUGCACAAGUUCAACCGUUGUGUGCAGCCGCUGAGGGCAGAUUGCCCGCGGCAUGUGACGAUUUCAUUGAUCGAUUCGAGCUAUGGUUAUUUGUGCAAUGAAGGAUAUAGUACAUUCCUUGAAUCGGCUGAAUGCUUGAUGGAGCUUGACCGGCAGCCAUCGGUGAAAGCUUGCCAUGACGAGACACUGCAGGAAAUCGAGGUGGCCAAUACCGAAAGUGGACUAGCCAUGAAUGCGAAAUUGGACAAGAUGUGCAGUGCCCUAAAUUUCUUCUCGGAUUGCGUGAAAUCGCCUAUUCGACAGGAUUGUGGAAGCGCGGCUUGGGCGGUAAUCUACCGUGUGCUAAAAGACACGACUAACACACUGAUGCCGGGCUGCCAAUUUACCGUGUCGCACCAUAGAAGAAAGGGGAUGGAGCCGAAAGAGACUACGGUAUAUGAGACCGUACCCACCGAAGCCACAAAUAUUGUCAUCAGCGAAGGUAUGCGCCAAGCCGCUGAGCCCCUAAACACCGCAACAAGUGCCAAAAUCUUCACACUCUUUUUAAUCCCGUUCCUCCAUCUCCUAUUC